AUGGCCACGCCAAAGACCUUUUCAUAUUCUGACGUCCUCCCGCCUACUUCGAACAUGCUCGACACUUACCAGCGUGCCCGUCUCGUACGUUCCGCUAGGAAACUUGGCGCCGUGCUCGGUAGUACGCCAAAACUCAUUGAGGUUGAAGCCAACCCUCAGCCGAUUCCUAUAACAUUACUUCCCAUCGGACGCAUCCCUCCUACUAGUCGUUCGGCCACGCCACAGUUCAUCCCGUCUCGUAAAGACACACCAUCUCCCAUUCCUAUCACCCCCGACUUGAUUUAUUCCUCGGCAUCCUCCAACUCCUCCAUGGCCUCGCUCGUUCUCCCUCGCGGAAGUACCGAUUCUGAGCGCUCCAUUGAUUAUGUGCCACACGAGCCUCUUGUGCGUCCGUCAAAGCAUACACGCUCACGUUCGAAGCCCCUUCCGAAGCCGUUAAUCCUUCGGCUCAACGCCGUUCCUACUUGCCCGUCUGACCCGCGCUUGCGCGUCACCCCCGCCACCCCUCUCUCUCCUAAGGUCUCGCCACCUACCACUCCCGUUCCCGUGAGCGUGGCAGAGACCCGCCGGCGGAAGAUGGCGAAACUACAACGCACAUUUGGCGAGAACAUCCCGGUUGAUGCCGUGUUUCCCUCUGCACAGCCCUACGAGCGCUCCGCAUUGCUCAACGUACCGGGCACGCAGCCAUAUUCGAACCCGAAGUCCAAGGAUCGUAGGCAGAGGAGCAUGUCUGUCGACGGCGCGAUUGCUCCGCAGAGCGUGCGACGGUCAUCCAGGGUUUGGAUCACUGGGAGCAAAGGGUGGACGGGCGAGUGGAACCGGAAGGACAUCCGCGAGGUGCAGGACCAGCUGCGUACGCUGAAGCUGUGA